AUGCGCUUGUUCUCUCGGCUCAGCCGCGGUUUUGCCCUGCGUCCGCCACCAUCGACGGUGGCAGCACAUUCGACGAGCGCCGAGCCAUACUCGCGAUAUGACCCGCUGCAUGCGAAGCACGGUCCCGCUGCGGAGACGUAUGUGCCUCCUGCCACGGAGGCUCGCAUCCGCUCCCUUCAGCAGCAGAUUGGAAAGGCCCACGCUGCGGGAAAGUACGACGAGGCACGCCUCGCUGCAGCCGAGUGCCGCGAGCUCGCACGCUCUCUUUUUGGCCCCGACCACCCGGUCAGCGCGAGUGCCGUCAACAACCUAGCGCUCGUACACCGCUCGCUCGGCGAGAGAGAGCGCGCGACGGCGCUCUACCGCGAGGCGCUGGUGCUUUACCGCCGUUCGGUCGGCGCAGAGCACCAGAGCACCGCCACGGUCGCCAGCAACUUGGCCCUCCUCCUUCGGGACUCGUCCGUCGCCACACAGCCGGCGGCGGAGGGAGGCGCGCAGUUUGCUCGAGGGCGCGAUAUUGACGCGGCGGCGGCUGAUGGGAGAGACGCAUCCCGAGGUUUCGCUGGGGAUGGCGCAGCUGGCGACGGCGACCUCGGCGCCGCAUCGGACUUGCUCGAGCGGGCAACGGAGCAGCUCGACGCGAGCCGCUUCGCCGCCGAGGCGCAAGCGGGCGAAGGCGCAAAGGUUACGGCGCGCCUGGGCGCUCUGAACUCGCUCGGGCUCCUGCGAAAGCAGCAAGGGCGGUUUGCCGAGGCGCAGAGCCUCUACACGCGCGCGUCGUCCCUCUACGACACAUGCACCAGCACCUCCUCCCCAGACGCCGUCGUCUGCCGGCACAACCUCGCCGAGCUCGCCCUCGCUGCUGGCGACGAGACGCGCGCGAGAGCGAUCCAGUUGGACAUCGUGCGGCGCGUUGAGGCGGGAACGGAGCGGUCUGCAGCGGAUUGA